GAAAUAAGCUGAUUCAGUUUGAUUGGUCUGGUGAGUACAUACAUUCGCGUAACUCGACUUCUCAACUCUCUUCUUCUUCUUCUUCUUCUUCAGUUGCAGUAGUUCUGAGUUAGUUGGAAACUCGUCACUUUCUCAGUUUAACAGCGGCUCUACUUCUCUCAAUCCCAUCUCAGCUAUCUUGAUUAUGGACUCUGCAACAUAUGUGGACCUGUCAAACAAAUGUCAAGGUUGGGAAAAAUUGGAAGUUGUUUGUAGCAAGGAAGAUUUUGAUGAUAGCAGCCCUCAGACGCCCAAUGAGGUUGUGUUUGACCCCGUUGCUCCGCCUGGUCUUGAUAACAUGGCAAUGGCUUCCUUAUGUAAGAAAUAUUUUGACCAAAUAAGGACUAGUGCUGCCCGCCGCCUGAAAUUUGAAUCUUCUUUCAAUUCAAUGGAGAAUAAGACUUGUAUUGAUGGUGCAAAAUCAAUUUCAGAUGAGGAGUUGUUUGAAUUUGUUUACAAUGACCUCUUGGAAGCUAUUGUUUCAAAGCAGACUGAGGACCUCCUAGCUGAAAUUUCAAACACAGAAUGGGAUUCUGACUGUUGCAAGACACCUCCAGCUCCUCACCUAAAUGGAAUUGCAGAAACUAGCCCUGGCGCUCCAGUGAAGAAGCCCUCAGCAAAAUCAAGGAAGAUUGAUUUAGGAUUAGGCAGAAAACUCGAAUUCUGAUAUAGUGGAUUUGUAAGUUUUUGACAUAGCUGACAAUAGUGCAAUCUUGAGGUUUCGAUGCUGAGAAUGACAUAGCAGCAAGCAGUGACUAAUAUUUGCCUUACUUCAUCGUGUUGUACUUUUGGAAUCCUCUAAAUUAUACCUUGUGGCACUGGGAGAAUAUGUUUCAAGAGAAAACUGUUCUGUCUACCCCAGCUUACAGCAUAGUGCUAGAAUUGUAUAGUUGAUGUUAAUCUUAUUGAUAAGUUCUCUAGGUAUUUUUUUUUUUUAUCUGAACAUUUUCAAUGUCCUUUAUCUGAUUUCUUUGUAACAAAAGAAUUAUUUGUGCAUGGUGGCUUCUCUUUGACACUCUGCUUAUUUGUAUCAAUUCAUAUGAUUGUUUUGCUUCUCUUUUA